CAGUGCUACUUAACGAAAUUUCACUGCUGUGUGUGGACUCGCAUUUAUGUAAAACAAUUAUCGGAAAAUAGGAAAGUUUAAACCCCCAUAAUGGCUGAGGCCGAAGGGGGCUCCGAGCAGGAUGAUGUAUCAUUCUUACGAACGGAAGAUAUGGUAUGUCUUUCCUGCACAGCAACCGGAGAACGUGUGUGUUUGGCUGCAGAAGGUUUUGGUAAUCGACACUGCUUCUUAGAAAAUAUAGCAGACAAGAACAUACCCCCAGAUUUGUCACAGUGCGUGUUUGUCAUAGAACAGGCAUUGUCAGUACGUGCUUUACAAGAACUUGUCACUGCUGCAGGAAAUGAAACUGGUCAGGAAAAUUUAGGUAAAGGUACAGGAUCUGGACAUCGGACGCUCUUGUAUGGUAAUGCUAUAUUGCUACGUCAUCAAAACAGUGAUAUGUAUUUGGCUUGUUUGUCGACAAGCUCAAGUAACGAUAAACUCGCUUUUGAUGUCGGUUUACAAGAACAUAGUCAAGGUGAGGCAUGCUGGUGGACAGUCCAUCCAGCCAGCAAACAGAGAUCCGAGGGUGAAAAGGUACGCGUAGGAGAUGACUUGAUUUUGGUCUCUGUUGCCACUGAGAGAUAUUUGCACACCACUAAAGAAAAUGAAGUUUCUAUUGUAAACGCCAGUUUCCAUGUAACUCAUUGGUCUGUACAACCGUAUGGCACUGGAAUUUCUCGAAUGAAAUACGUUGGAUACGUUUUUGGCGGUGACGUACUUAGAUUCUUCCAUGGUGGUGAUGAAUGUUUGACAAUACCGUCGACAUGGAGCUUAGACUCAAAUAUCGUAAUUUACGAAGGUGGAAGCGUUAUGUCUCAAGCACGUUCUCUAUGGCGACUCGAAUUAGCAAGAACGAAAUGGGCCGGUGGAUUUAUAAACUGGUCACAUCCUAUGAGGAUACGACAUAUUACUACUGGAAGAUACCUUGGUGUUAACGAACACAAUGAACUGUAUCUUGUCAGCAGGGAAGAAGCCACUACAGCGACCACAGCUUUCUGUCUUCGACAAGAAAAAGAUGAUCAGAAGGUGGUUCUAGAAGAUAAAGAUUUAGAGGUUAUUGGAACUGCUAUUAUCAAAUAUGGUGAUUCUACAGUAAUUGUUCAGCAUUCUGAAUCAGGCUUGUGGCUUUCUUAUAAAUCUUACGAAACUAAGAAAAAAGGUGUUGGAAAAGUCGAAGAAAAACAGGCCGUAUUACACGAAGAAGGAAAAAUGGAUGACGGUUUAGAUUUUAGUAGAAGUCAAGAAGAAGAAUCGAGAACUGCACGAGUUAUUCGCAAAUGCAGUUCAUUGUUCACUCAAUUCAUUAAUGGAUUGGAAACACUUCAGAUGAAUAGACGACAUUCAGUAUUCUUUUUAGCAGUUAAUUUGAACGAGAUGGUAAUGUGUCUGGAAGAUUUGAUCAACUAUUUUGCUCAACCUGAGGAAGAUAUGGAACAUGAAGAGAAACAAAAUAAAUUUAGGGCGUUAAGAAAUAGACAAGAUUUAUUCCAAGAAGAGGGCAUUUUGAAUUUAAUUUUAGAAGCUAUUGACAAAAUCAAUGUGAUUACUUCCCAAGGAUUUUUGGCUGGGUUAGCUGGCGAUCAAAAUUGGGACAUGAUUUCAGGUUAUCUUUAUCAACUACUCGCUGCAAUUAUUAAAGGCAACCACACUAAUUGCGCUCAGUUUGCCAAUUCAAAUAGAUUAAACUGGUUGUUCUCUAGACUUGGUUCUCAAGCUUCCAGUGAAGGCACUGGAAUGUUAGAUGUACUUCACUGUGUCCUUAUCGACUCACCUGAGGCUUUGAACAUGAUGAGAGACGAACACAUCAAAGUUAUUAUUUCUCUUCUUGAAAAACACGGAAGAGAUCCCAAAGUUUUAGACGUACUUUGUUCACUUUGUGUCGGUAAUGGUGUAGCUGUACGUAGUUCUCAAAAUAAUAUCUGUGAUUAUCUUCUUCCUGGACAGAACUUACUAUUGCAAACUCGAUUAGUAGAUCAUGUAGCAAGCGUAAGGCCCAAUAUUUUUGUGGGUAGAGUUGAAGGGAGUGCCAUUUACCAAAAAUGGUAUUUUGAAGUAACUGUAGAUCAUUUAGAACAAACUACUCACAUGAUGCCUCAUUUGCGAAUCGGCUGGGCUAACUCAAAAGGUUACGUACCAUAUCCGGGUGGAGGAGAAAAAUGGGGUGGUAACGGAGUAGGUGAUGAUUUGUAUUCCUACGGCUUUGAUGGUGUUUACCUUUGGACAGGUGGACGUUCAACACAAGUAGUUACUAGCUUUACUCCACCAUUUAUAAAGAAAAACGAUGUGGUUGGCUGUGCCUUAGAUUUAACUGUUCCGAUAAUUACUUUUACAUUUAAUGGGGUGCCAAUUAAGGGAAGUUUUAGAAAUUUCAAUUUAGACGGGAUGUUUUUCCCCGUGAUUAGCUGUUCGUCCAAACUUAGUUGUCGAUUUCUCCUGGGAGGCGAUCACGGUCGCUUAAAAUAUAUACCUCCAGAGGAGUUUUCUCCUCUUGUUGAAAGUCUUCUUCCUCAGCAAGUUUUAAAUCUGGAACCGUGUUUCUACUUUGGUAACAUGAAUAAAAAUGUAAUUGCUGGGCCACUAGUUGUUGAAGAUGACACAGCGUUUGUACCAAACCCAGUAGAUACUUCUAUGGUGACUUUAGCCACUUACGUCGAGUCUAUUAGAGAUAAACUUGCUGAAAAUAUUCAUGAAAUGUGGGCAAUGAAUAAAAUUGAAGCGGGCUGGCAAUGGGGAGAGUAUAGAGAUGACCUACGUCAUGUUCAUCCGUGUUUGGUGCCAUUUGACAAACUUCCUGCAGCUGAAAAGAAAUAUGACUCUCAACUUGCAGUCCAAACGUUGAAGACCAUUAUUUCAUUAGGCUAUUACAUCACCAUGGAUAAACCUCCAUCUAGAAUUAAAACUGUACGUCUUCCAAAUGAACCGUUCAUGCAGGCAAAUGGAUACAAACCCGCUCCACUUGACUUGGGGGCUAUAACUUUGACACCAAAAUUAGAAGAACUUGUUGAUCAGUUGGCCGAAAAUACACAUAAUCUUUGGGCCAAAGAAAGGAUCCAACAGGGCUGGACCUAUGGACUUAAUGAGGAUCCUGACAUGUUCAGAAGUCCUCAUCUUGUGCCUUAUGUUAAAGUAGAUGACGCGAUAAAAAAAGCUAAUAGAGACACUGCGUCAGAAACAGUUCGUACUCUACUGGUAUAUGGAUAUAACUUAGAUCCCCCGACUGGCGAACAACAUGAAGCUUUGCUCGCUGAAGCCAGUAGAUCCAAACAAGUAAUAUUUCGUACGUAUAGAGCAGAAAAGAACUAUGCGGUUAAUUCGGGCAAGUGGUAUUUCGAAUUCGAAAUUUUGACAGCUGGUCCAAUGAGAGUCGGUUGGGCAAAAGCUGACUGCGCACCAGGAUGCAUGUUAGGCUCUGACGAAAAUACGUGGGCAUUUGAUGGAUACAACGAAGAAAAAGUAUAUAGCAAUGUGGCCGAGUCUUUUGGGAAACAGUGGCAAGUUGGGGAUGUAGUGGGUGUAUUCCUUGACCUAAUCGAUCACACAAUUAGUUUUUCUUUAAAUGGUGAGUUGUUGAUGGACGCCUUGGGAGGAGAAACUACUUUUGCCGAUGUGCAAGGGGACAAUUUUGUUCCUGCUUUUACUUUAGGGGUGGGUCAAAAAGCUCGCCUUUGUUUCGGUCAAGAUGUUACUCAGUUAAAAUUCUUUACAACUUGUGGUUUGCAAGAGGGUUACGAACCAUUUUGCGUAAAUAUGAACCGUCCAGUCACCUACUGGUAUACGAAAGAUCAACCUAUAUUUGAAAACACUGAUGACAUGCCAGAUACAAAAAUUGAUGUUACUAGAAUUUUAGCUGGUUCAGAUAGUCCUCCAUGUCUUAAAAUUAGUCAUAAUACUUUCGAAACUAUGGAAAAGGCUAAUUGGGAAUUUCUAAGACUCAGUUUACCGGUUAUCUGUCAUUCGACUUUUAUCUCGGAAGACGAAAAAAUGAGACGUUGGCAGGAAAUAAAAAUUCGGCAGCACAGAUUGAAAGCUGAAGCCGAAUCGCAAAGUACACCAGCCCACAUAGAGCAAAUGAUGAUGAAGAGUGGAUUUUCUAUGAGCGACAUCAAAGGGUUACAUCGGAAUUAUUCUGAGGAUGCUGUAGAAUCUGAUGAAGUGAUGAAACAUCACACCAAAUCUACUAAAAGCAUGCCAGCACGACCACCACGGAAAGGUUCCCUUUCGAGAAAUAUUAAUGGUUUCGAAGAUAAUUUACUAAGCAUCAACACCGGUAGAGGCGUCAAUCGCUCCAAUAGUGAACUAGACCUUAAUAGAUACCAUGAUAUGGCCCCAAAUAACCAAGAAAAAUUAGAUGAUAAGAAAAAGCGAGGCAGAUCUCCUUUCAGAUUCUUUUCAAGAAAAAAUAAAGCUGGCAGCUCUCCUGGUGGUGAAUCCCUUAAGGCAGAUAAAUCGAAGACCCCAGAGCCCGAUAGAGAACGUGUGGGAACUAUCAAACCCCAGAACCGUCCCGCCGGUUUGUCGCCUUCACUCCUGACGAGAAAUCCUACAAUUAAACAAUCACAAACUGAUCUAAUGCAAGCAGCGGCACCUACCGGCCAACAAAAACAACUUUCCGUGCCUCACACUUCAGACGUAGAAGCGGUUGGUGAUGAACUUUAUGACGGAGAAUGUCUUAAGCUUAUCAAUGAAUACUUCUAUGGUGUACGAAUUUACCCUGGUCAAGACCCAACACAUGUGUAUAUAGGUUGGGUAACAACACAAUACCAUUUACACACAAAAGAUUUUAACCAAAAGCAAGUCCGCACGAGUUCUAUUAUUAUAACUGACGAAUACGAGAGAAUUAUGGAUUGCGUCGACCGACAAUCGUGUUACAUGGUGCGAGCUGAUGAGUUGUAUAAUCAAGUCACUCAAGACGCUUCAGGCAAAGGAGCCUCACAAGGAAUGUUUGUUGGUUGUUUCUUAGAUGCAGCUACUGGAGUCAUUACGUUCACAUGUGAAGGGAAACCCACGUCUCAUGUCUAUAGAAUGGAACCUGAAACUAAGUUGUUCCCUGCUAUUUUUCUGGAAGCAACAAGCAAGGAAUGCCUUCAAAUUGAAUUAGGUAGAACACCUACCAGUUUGCCUCUGUCAGCUGCGGUAUUACAAAACAGCGCCAAGCACGUUAUACCACAAUUCCCGCCUAGACUAAAAGUACAGUGUCUUAAACCUCACCAAUGGGCUAGAGUUCCUAAUCAAAGCUUACAAGUGCACGCAUUGAAAUUGUCAGACAUUAGAGGCUGGUCAAUGUUAUGUGAAGAUGCCAUUUCUAUGUUAGCUCUUCACAUCCCAGAAGAGGAUCGUUGUAUUGACGUACUGGAACUAAUAGAAAUGGAUAAGUUGCUUAGCUUCCAUGCACACACUUUAACACUGUAUGCAGCUUUGUGCUAUCAGAGUAAUUAUAAGGCUGCUCAUGUCUUAUGUAAACAUGUGAGUCAGAGACAGUUGCUCUACGCCAUUAAGUCAGAAUAUAUGAGUGGUCCGUUGAGACAAGGAUUUUACGAUUUACUUAUUGCUGUGCAUCUUGAAUCUGCGGCAACAACCAUGGAAGUAUGUCAGAAUGAAUAUGUAAUUCCCUUAAGUCAAGAACUAAGAGAAAUGUACGAGGAUGCAGAUAUGUGUCAUAGCUUACGAUUUUUGAAAAUGGAAUCCGUCCAGCCACAAAUGAAAAUGUCGGAAAUUACCGAUACUGUUGAAGAUAUUAAGAAUUUAUAUUCUCCUUACUUCCCGUUGGAUAUAGUAAGAGAUUAUGUAAUGACCGCGUUAGCUGAAGCUGUUGAAACUAACCAGGUGCACAACCGUGAUCCAAUCGGAGGUUCAAACGAGAAUCUGUUUCUACCUUUGCUUAAAUUAGUGGAUCGUUUAUUAUUGGUUGGAUUGUUGAGAGAUGAAGAUGUGGAAAAAUUGUUGAUUAUGAUAUGUCCAGAAACGUGGGAUCCUAUAUUUGAAAAAGAUGGUAAAGAUGAGCAUCGUAAAGGACUUCUUUCUAUGAAAAUGGCAGAAGGUGCUAAGUUACAAAUGUGCUACUUGCUUCAACAUCUUUGCGAUAUUCAGUUAAGACACAGAGUUGAGGCAAUUAUAGCCUUUAGUCAUAGCUUUGUUGGAGAACUACAGGCUGAUCAGCUACGUCGUUACAUCGAAAUUAAACAGUCAGACUUGCCUUCUGCUGUAGCAGCUAAAAAAACCAGAGAAUUUAGGUGUCCGCCACGUGAACAAAUGAAUGCCAUUUUAUCUUUCAAAAAUUUGGAAGAGGAAGACAAAGAGAACUGCCCACUUGGGGAAGACUUAUGUGAAAAAUUGAACGAGUUCCAUGCAAGAUUAAUGGCUCACGUUUCCUUGCAAGCGCUGCAAGCUCCUUCAGAAGAGGAAAAUGCAGACUUGCAAAAGCCGGGAGCUUUGAAACGAUUAUAUAAUUUUAUCAAUGCUGUCAAAGAAUUAGAAGAAGAACCCAAAGAGGAACCAGAACCGGAAAAGAAAACUCCAGAAGAGGUGUUUAGGAAAGUCUUGAUUGGUACAAUUGUGAAAUGGGCUGAGGAAUCUCAAAUAGAAAUGUCUAAACUCGUACAAGAAAUGUUUAGUUUACUUGUGCGACAGUACGAUUCUGUCGGCGAAUUAAUAAGAGCUUUACAAAAAACGUACAUUAUUAACGCCAAAACGAAACAAGAUGUUGCCGAAAUGUGGGUCGGUUUAAGCAAAAUUAGAGCACUUUUACCAGUACAAAUGUCUCAAGAAGAAGAGGAAUUAAUGAGAGAACGUUUGUGGAAAUUAGUAAAUAAUCACACUUUCUUCCAACAUCCAGACUUGAUUCGAGUGUUGCGCAUUCACGAAAACGUAAUGGCUGUAAUGAUAAAUACUCUUGGUAGAAGAUCCCAAGCUCAAUCAGACGCUCAAGCGCAAGCUCAAGCCGCUGAAGGAGAACCUGUUGUUAAAGAAAAAGACACAUCCCAUGAAAUGGUGGUGGCAUGUUGUCGCUUUUUAUGUUACUUCUGUAGAACCGGUCGCCAGAACCAAAAAGCAAUGUUUGAGCACUUUGAUUUCUUGUUGGAAAAUAGCAACAUUCUAUUAGCGCGACCGAGUUUGAGGGGUUCAACACCAUUAGAUGUAGCUUACUCCUCUCUCAUGGAAAAUACAGAAUUAGCGUUAGCCUUACGUGAACAUUACUUGGAAAAAAUUGCGAUUUAUUUGUCGCGGUGCGGACUUCAAUCCAAUUCCGAACUUGUCGAAAAGGGUUAUCCAGAUUUAGGUUGGGAUCCAGUGGAAGGUGAACGUUAUCUUGAUUUCCUUAGAUUCUGUGUUUGGGUAAACGGUGAGAGUGUUGAAGAAAAUGCUAAUUUAGUUAUCAGGUUGCUUAUAAGAAGACCUGAAUGUUUAGGUCCCGCCUUGCGAGGUGAAGGUGAAGGUCUUUUACGUGCUAUUGUGGAGGCUAACAAGAUGUCUGAAAGAAUUUCUGAUAGACGAAAAAUGAUGGACGAAGCUGAAGGCACUGUAAAUGUUGCUUCAUUUAGCCAUCCUCUUCCUGAAAGUGAUGAUGAUGAGGACUACAUAGAUACAGGAGCGGCCAUUUUGAACUUUUAUUGUACUUUAGUAGAUCUCUUGGGUAGAUGUGCCCCUGAUGCUGCAGUUAUAGAACUGGGUAAAAAUGAAUCUCUUCGAGCUCGUGCGAUUCUUAGAUCUUUAGUACCAUUGGAAGAUCUUCAAGGUGUUUUAAGUCUAAGAUUUACUCUACAAAAUCCAGCAGCCGGAGAAGAAAGACCUAAGUCGGAUAUGCCAUCUGGUUUAAUACCUGGUCACAAACAAUCAGUUGUACUUUUCCUAGAACGAGUUUACGGUAUUGAAACCCAAGAACUGUUCUUUAGACUCCUUGAGGAAGCUUUUCUCCCAGAUCUAAGAUGUGCAACCAUGUUAGAUCGAAACGACGGUAGUGAAUCCGAUAUGGCUUUAAGUAUGAACCGUUACAUUGGAAACUCUAUUCUUCCGUUACUUAUUCAACAUAGUAAAUUUUACAGUGAAGCUGAGAAUUAUGCUUCCUUACUUGAUGCUACGCUACACACUGUUUACCGUCUAUCGAAAAACCGUAUGCUUACCAAAGGUCAAAGAGAGGCUGUUUCUGAUUUCUUGGUAGCAUUGACUAGCGCUCUGCAGCCGUCAAUGUUACUUAAGUUGCUUAGAAAACUUACUGUUGACGUAUCAAACUUAUCAGAAUAUACCACAGUAGCUUUGAGAUUAUUAACACUACAUUAUGACAGAUGUGCAAAGUAUUACGGUUCUAGUACGGGACAAGGUAUAUAUGGUGCCGCCAGUGAUGAAGAGAAGCGACUGACAAUGAUGCUCUUCUCGAAUAUUUUCGAUUCUUUGAGCAAGAUGGACUAUGAUCCUGAAUUAUUCGGAAAAGCUUUACCUUGCUUGAGUGCAAUUGGGUGUGCAUUACCGCCCGAUUAUUCUCUUUCGAAGAAUUACGACGAUGAAUGGUACGCCAACAAAUCUGCCCAAACAGGACCAGAUGGGCCAUAUGAUCCUCAACCUAUUAAUACAUCAUCCGUUGCUCUUAAUAACGAUUUAAAUAGCAUUGUACAACAAUUCUCUGAACAUUACCACGACGCUUGGGCAUCGCGAAAAUUAGAGAACGGUUGGCAGUAUGGUGAAAAUUGGUCCGACUCCAAUAAAACACAUCCAAGACUCAAGCCGUACGCCAUGUUAAAUGAUUAUGAGAAAGAAAGAUACAAGGAACCAGUUCGCGAAUCUUUGAAAGCUCUUUUAGCUAUUGGUUGGUCUGUAGAACAUUCCGAAGUUGAUAAUCCGACAAAUAAUCGUAAUUCAAUUAAUCGACAAUCGACUGAUGGUUCAUCACCAUUUAACUACAGUCCUCAUCCCGUGGAUAUGACCAACUUGACGUUGUCGCGAGAGAUGCAAAAUAUGGCUGAACGUCUUGCAGAAAAUGCACACGAUAUUUGGGCUAAAAAGAAGAAGGAAGAACUUAACACUUGUGGUGGAGGCAUACAUCCUCAAUUAGUUCCAUACGAUCUGUUAACUGAUAAAGAGAAAAGGAAAGAUAGAGAACGCUCCCAAGAAUUUUUGAAAUAUUUACAAUAUCAAGGCUACAAAUUACACAGACCUCAUCGCGGUGCACAAGGAGAAACGGAACAAUCGACAGCUGGACCUUCAAUCGAAUUACGAUUUGCUUACAGUUUACUAGAAAAACUUAUCCAAUACGCUGAUCGUGCAACAAUUAAUAUGAAACUGUUGAAACCAUCUUCAACAUUUAGCCGAAGGACAUCGUACAAAACGUCUUCUAGAGAUAUCAAAUUUUUCUCGAAAGUUGUGCUACCUUUAAUGGAAAAAUACUUUUCCACUCAUCGCAACUAUUUCAUUGCUGUUGCAACAGCUACCAAUAAUGUCGGUGCCGCCAGUUUAAAGGAAAAAGAAAUGGUUGCGUCUCUGUUUUGUAAACUGGCAAGCUUACUGAGGUCUCGUCUUACUGCUUUCGGCGCAGAUGUUAGAAUAACAGUCCGAUGCUUGCAAGUUUUGGUCAAAGGAAUCGACGCCAAAUCUUUGGUUAAGAACUGUCCUGAAUUUAUACGUACCUCGAUGUUAACGUUCUUUAAUAACACUGCUGAUGAUCUAGGUCAUACUAUAAUCAACUUACAAGAGGGAAAAUAUAGUCACUUACGUGGCACUCAUUUAAAAACAUCAACAUCCUUGUUUUAUGUCAAUACUGUAAUAAUUCCAAUUUUAACUGCAAUGUUUGAUCAUCUUGCGAACUGUGAAUACGGAAGUGAUUUGUUGCUUGACGAGAUUCAGGUCGCUUCGUAUAAGAUUUUGCAAGCUCUAUACAGCCUCGGUACGGAUCCGAGUCUGACUCAUGAUAGAAAAUAUUUAAAGACUGAAAUCGAGAAGUAUAAACCAGCAUUGGGUUCUUGUUUGGGAGCUUUUAGCUCAACGUUUCCAGUGGCAUUCUUAGAACCACAUCUUAACAAGAAUAACCAGUAUUCUCUACUGAAUCGAAUUGCUGAUCAUUCAUUAGAAGCUCAAGACAUAAUGACUAGAAUGGAAAGCUCAAUGCCCACUCUUGAAACUAUUUUGGCUGAAGUUGAUCAGUUUGUUGAGAGUGAAAAAACUUAUUCAGACGCUCCUUACGUAAUUGAUGUUAUUAUGCCUAUGCUAUGUUCCUACUUGCCGUUCUGGUGGUCGCAGGGUCCUGACAAUGUUAGUCCAACCGGAGAAACUCACGUCUCGAUGGUUACUGCAGAACAUAUGAAUCAUUUAUUGAAGAAUGUUCUGAAAUUAAUUAAAAAGAACAUUGGCAAUGACAAUUCACCAUGGAUGACUAGAAUUGCCGCUUAUACACAACAAAUUAUUAUCAACAGCAGUGAAGAACUUCUUCGAGAUCCAUUCCUUCCCUUAGCUGAACGCGUCAAGAAACGAACGGAAGCUAUGUUCCAUAAAGAAGAAAGUUUACGAGGUUUCAUUAAAAGCUCGUCAGAUGACACAUCACAGAUCGAAACCCAGAUUCAAGAAGACUGGCACCUUCUUGUUAGAGACAUCUACGCAUUCUAUCCUCUGCUCAUCAAAUACGUUGACUUGCAAAGAAACCAUUGGUUACGACACAACAUCGCAGAAGCUGAAGACUUGUACAAUCAUGUUGCUGAUAUUUUCAACAUUUGGUCGAAAUCUCAAUAUUUCUUACGCGAAGAACAGAAUUUCAUUUCGGCUAAUGAAAUUGACAAUAUGGUUCUAAUUAUGCCAACCGCUACGAGGCGAACUGUUGUUUCAGACGGAACACAACCAACUGGUGGAAAGAAGAAGAAGAAGCAUCGUGAUAAGAAGAGGGACAAAGACAAGGAAAUACAAGCUUCAUUGAUGGUUGCCUGCUUGAAGCGUUUAUUACCAGUAGGUUUAAACUUGUUCGCAGGAAGGGAACAAGAAUUGGUACAACACUGUAAGGAUCGAUUCUUGAAAAAGAUACCAGAAUAUGAUAUUGCUGAUUUUGCCAAAACUCAGUUAACUCUGCCAGACAAAAUUGAUCCUGCAGAUGAAAUGUCAUGGCAGCAUUAUUUGUAUAGUCAGUUAGGUAGCAAGAAAAGUGCUGCUGUAGGUAUGGUUGAUAGCAAUGGCAAGAGUCUGCUUGAGGAAACAGUCGAUCGAAUUGUGGCUAUGAGUAAAGUCCUUUUCGGUUUACACAUGAUCGAUCACCCACAACAACAACAAAAAGGUGUAUACCAUAGCGUGGUUUCUACUCAGAGGAAGCGUGCUGUACUCUCUUGCUUCCGGCAAGCUUCUUUGCACAGUUUACCAAGGCAUCGGGCUAUCAAUAUUUUCAUCCGUUCUUACUAUGAACUCUGGCUACAAGACGAAAAUGUGGGACAAGAAGUAAUGAUUGAAGAUUUGACUCAAAGUUUUGAAGAUUCUGAACUUAAGAAGAAAGAUGUUGAAGAAGAAGAAGGAAAGCCGGAUCCUUUAACACAGCUUGUUACAACUUUCUGCAGAGGUGCUAUGACUGAGCGAUCGGGUGCUCUACAGGAGGAUCCUCUCUAUAUGUCUUAUGCUGAGAUUAUUGCCAAAUCGUGUGGUGAAGAAGAAGAGGAAGGUGAAGAGGAAGAAGGUGGCGAAGGUGAAGAAGGAACCGCGUCAAUUCAUGAACAAGAAAUGGAAAAACAAAAAUUGUUGUUCAACCAAGCAAGACUGGCCAAUAGAGGCGUAGCAGAAAUGGUUCUGCUUCAUAUUUCGGCAUGCAAAGGUGUACCUUCCGAAAUGGUCAUGAAAACUCUCGAACUGGGAAUUUCUAUACUUCGUGGUGGCAAUUUUGAUAUCCAAAUGGGCAUGUUGAAUCACUUGAAGGAGAAAAAAGAUGUUGGUUUCUUCACCAGCAUAGCCGGCUUGAUGAACAGUUGCAGUGUUUUGGAUCUUGACGCCUUUGAACGUAACACCAAGGCUGAAGGGCUUGGUGUGGGCUCAGAAGGUGCGGCUGGCGAGAAGAACAUGCACGAUGCCGAAUUCACUUGUGCGUUAUUUAGGUUUAUUCAGCUCACCUGUGAAGGUCACAAUCUAGAGUGGCAAAAUUAUUUGCGUACUCAGGCAGGUAACACCACAACGGUAAAUGUUGUCAUCUGUACAGUGGAUUAUUUGCUGCGUCUUCAAGAAUCUAUAAUGGACUUUUAUUGGCACUAUUCCAGCAAAGAACUAAUUGAUCCUGCGGGUAAAGCAAACUUUUUCAAAGCCAUCGGUGUUGCCAGUCAAGUAUUUAACACACUCACUGAGGUGAUUCAAGGUCCUUGCACGCUUAAUCAACAAGCUUUAGCUCACUCUAGGUUGUGGGACGCCGUCGGCGGGUUUCUUUUCCUAUUUUCACAUAUGCAAGACAAACUAUCAAAGCACUCUAGUCAAGUUGAUUUGCUUAAAGAACUGCUCAACUUACAAAAAGACAUGAUUACUAUGAUGUUGUCUAUGCUUGAAGGCAAUGUUGUUAAUGGUACCAUCGGUAAACAGAUGGUGGACACGUUGGUUGAAAGUGCAUCAAACGUAGAAUUAAUCCUCAAAUACUUUGAUAUGUUCUUAAAACUGAAAGAUCUAACCUCCUCUCCCAGUUUUCUGGAAAUUGAUAUUAAUAACGACGGAUGGGUUUACCCCAAAGAUUUCAAAGAAAAAAUGGAACAGCAAAAGAGCUAUACUGCAGAAGAAAUCGACUUCUUAUUGGCAUGCUGUGAAGUAAACCACGAUGGCAAAAUCGAUUACAUAGGUUUUAUUGAUCGAUUCCAUGAACCAGCAAAAGAAAUCGGUUUUAACUUGGCCGUUUUACUGACGAAUCUAUCUGAGCACAUGCCAAACGAACCAAGAUUGGCUAGAUUCUUAGAAACUGCUGGAUCUGUAUUAAAUUAUUUUGAACCAUUCUUAGGACGUAUAGAAAUUUUAGGUGGAAGCAAACGUAUUGAGCGGGUUUACUUUGAAAUAAAAGAAUCGAAUAUCGAACAGUGGGAGAAGCCUCAAAUUAAGGAGUCAAAACGAGCAUUCUUCUAUUCAAUUGUAACAGAAGGUGGUGACAAAGAAAAGCUUGAAGCUUUCAUAAACUUCUGCGAAGAUGCUAUUUUUGAAAUGCAGCACGCCAGUGGACUGAUGGCAGUAGAGGAUUCCGGUGGAGGAGGUCCCACACGUACCGCUAGUUACAGUUACAUGAAUGUCGAUGACGAAGAUCGAGGGAAAGAUCCAAUUCGUAGAGGAUAUCAGUCUGUAAAAGAAGGGAUAUCGUAUGGAUUGUCAGCCCUGAGUCCUUCCAAUAUAAAACAUAGAAUUGCUGAAAUGCAACAAAUGACUAUUCCAGAAUUAUUUAUCGGUUUCUUUAGGAUGAUUAUGUAUGCAUUUUAUUAUUCCGGGUUUGGUGUGGCGGUUAUUUUUAAGUAUGUAUUUGGCGUGUUAUUGUCGUUAAUGAGAGGCCCCGUCGAAGAACCAGUAGUCGAAAUUAAAGAAGAGGAAAAAGUAGGUCUGACUAGAGUUUUACCGGCUUUACCGUCUACGGAAGAGGCAAAUACGCAGAUGCAAGCAUUCGGAUUGGAUAUAACGAAAGAAGAUAACGGACAAUAUAAAAUGGCGGCACAUGAGUCACCAACAACAAGUCAGCCAUCUUCAGCUGAAGGUGAAGGGGAAACCACGCCAGAAGAGGAAGGUGAACACGCGGAUGCUGAGUCUUCGGAAGCCCCUCUAUCUUUGUCUGAUCUCUUGGGUGGUGAACAAGCUAAACGGGCAGCUCAAGAAAAGGUAGAAGCCCAAGCGGCCCAACAAGCAGCCAUGCAAGCAAUUGAAUCAGAGUCUAAGCAACCAGUGGUUACUGAACCAUCCGCCGUGUCACAAAUUAACUUCGGAGCGUAUAGUCAUCGCGCUGUAUCGUUCUUAGCCAGGAACUUCUACAACUUAAAAUAUGUGGCUUUGGUUCUAGCGUUCUGUAUCAACUUUAUGCUUCUAUUUUACCGGGUUUCUACUCUGGGAGAGGACGACGAAGGUAGUGGUAGUAAAGAAAUCCCAGACAUAUUAGAAGGAUCUGGAGAAGGUAGCGGAGCAGGUUCUGGAGAAUCGGGUGAAGAUGAGGACGCGCUAGAGUUGGUACAUGUGGAUGAAGAUUAUUUCUACAUGGCACAUGUGAUGCGUUUAGCAGCUAUACUACAUUCGAUGGUCUCACUGGCUAUGUUGAUUGCCUAUUAUAACUUAAAAGUGCCUUUAGCUAUAUUUAAAAGAGAAAAAGAAAUCGCGCGACGUCUUGAAUUUGAAGGUUUAUACAUUGCAGAACAACCUGAAGACGAUGAUUUAAAAUCACAUUGGGAUAAACUAGUUAUUUCAGCAAAAUCAUUUCCGGUCAAUUAUUGGGAUAAAUUUGUUAAGAAAAAGGUCCGCCAAAAGUAUAGCGAAACUUACGAUUUUGAUUCAAUUAGCAACUUAUUAGGAAUGGAAAGAACGUCUUUCCAACAACAGGAAUCAGAAGAGAGAAAAAGUUUAAUUUACUUUAUUAUCAACAUCGAUUGGCGCUACCAAAUUUGGAAAUCUGGCGUGACGAUUACCGAUAAUUCGUUUUUAUAUUCUUUAUGGUACUUCAUCUUCUCCAUUUUGGGCAAUUUUAACAACUUCUUCUUCGCUGCUCAUUUGUUGGACGUUGCGGUAGGUUUUAAAACACUGCGUACGAUUUUACAGUCUGUAACGCACAACGGAAAACAAUUGGUUUUAACGGUGAUGUUGCUAACCAUUGUGGUGUAUAUUUACACCGUCAUCGCUUUCAACUUCUUUAGAAAGUUCUACGUACAAGAAGAAGAUGAAGAAGUAGAUAAAAAAUGCCACGAUAUGUUAACGUGCUUCGUAUUUCAUCUCUACAAGGGAGUGAGAGCCGGUGGUGGAAUUGGUGACGAAAUUGAACCACCAGACGGAGAUGAUUAUGAAGUUUAUCGUAUUAUGUUUGACAUUACUUUCUUCUUCUUCGUCAUUGUCAUCUUGUUGGCUAUUAUUCAAGGUUUAAUCAUUGACGCUUUUGGUGAGCUGCGUGAUCAGUUAGAGAGUGUGAAAGAGGAUAUGGAGUCUAAUUGCUUCAUAUGCGGCAUGGGUAAAGAAUAUUUCGAUAAAGUACCGCAUGGGUUCGAUACUCACGUUCAGCAGGAACAUAAUUUGGCGAACUACAUGUUUUUCCUUAUGCAUCUAAUCAACAAGCCGGAUACAGAAUACACGGGUCAAGAAACGUAUGUGUGGAAUAUGUACCAACAAAGAUGUUGGGACUUCUUCCCAGUGGGUGACUGCUUCCGCAAACAGUAUGAAGAAGAAUUAGGAGGCGGUGGUGGUUAAAAUAAGUCUAAUUUACGUAAAUUCUAAGUGCUCAAAUUUUCUAAUUAAACUCUCCAUUAGGUAUUUUUUUAUCGAUACAUGACACCACUCACAGCAGAUCGAUAAAAAGAAUUUUUAAAUCGACAUUUUAAUGUUUUUUUUUCUUUUUUGAAAUUUACAUGUUGUAAUAUACUCUUGUGCUUUAUUAUUGACUCAGAAUUUUGUUUUAUUGAACAGUACAAAAUAUUAUAAACUUGUCCAAAUUUUGCCUUAAAAUUUUAAAUAACGUUCAAAGUAUAUUGUGAAGUGUAUUGCGGA